AUGGACUACCUCAGUACAGGACAGCAACAGGCCCUCGCUCAGCUCAGAGAAAUUAUCAAUGGCGCAGACGACGACGUGGCGAUUGGUGUGUUGAGCAGCGUCGACUGGGAUGUCCCUAGAGCCGCCGAGCUCAUUUUCGGUUCUACAUCUACGUCUGCAGUAUCAGACCGAAUAAUAGAUACAUUUGAAAUCGACGAUACGCACCAGAGUAUACCGGAACGACAACCCAGCACUUCUGUCCUAGCCACACUCACCCGCCCCGUCUUCUCCUUCCUUGCGUUUCCAUUCCACGUUCUAUCCAACGUGUUCCGUUUCAUAUUUGCCAUUCUACGCAUUCCGUUUCCUUCGCUCCGGUUCACGAGUCUCAAUUUCUAUCGACCCCUGCGACCCAGACCUACCUUUCGCAGAGGGCCAGACAGUUGGUUGAGAGAGCUGGAAGAAGAGACGGGCGCGGUGUCCAUUGGCCGGCUCAAGCUACCAAGAGGGACUACCUCGUCUAUAGGCUUGGAUGCGGGCCCGUCGUCGUUGACGUCUCGCGCUGCUGCCGGCAACUCGGGUUCGGGUAAUGGGUUUACGGAGGAUGGGAGGAAGGUUUUGCCAGAUUUUGUAUUGCGGGGCUAUGAGGAAACCUUGAGGAUGUGUCAGAGGGAUGCGAAGAUUGCGUGCAUUGUUUUGGUCAGUGAGGAGCAUGAUGAUGUUGCUGAAUUUAAACGCUCCACUCUUACCGACGCUGCGUUUGUGAAAUCGUUGUAUGACAAUGGUAUCGUAGUAUGGGGAGGCGACGUUCGCGAUCAAGAUGCCUGGUCUGCCGCUGAGAAGCUGCAAGCAACAACCUACCCCUUUGUCGCUUUCAUAGCAUUACAACCCGGCCGUACACCUUCCUCUUCCUCAUCCCCACGCACCUCCGCCCCACCAACUCUUACAGUCCUCUCUAGGCAUCAAGGCCGCAGCGUUCCUUCCUCUGCGCCAACGUCCGCUCAAACACUGCUUAACCAUCUCGAACAACAGGUCAUUCCUAGGGUCACCCCAUUUUUGGAGCGCCUCCGUGCCACGCAGAGAGACAGGGAGCGGGACAGGCAGCUGAGACAAGAUCAGGACCGUGCCUUUAGAGAUUCAGCGCAGAGGGAUAAGGAGAGGAUUGAGGCUGCUAUUAGGGCAGAGAGUGCUCAGCAGCAGGCGAGGAUCCAGGCGGAAGAGGAGGAGAGGGAAAGACGGCGACAAGCGGAGGUGGAGAAGCAGAAGGAGGUUGUGAGGAUGGGGUGGAGGAGGUGGACAAGGCGGGUGUUUGCGAGUGAGCAGAGAAAGAGUGGAAGUCUGCGUGUUGCCAUUCGGUUGCCGAGUGGGGGGCGAUUCGUGCAUCAGUUCGAGGGCUCUGCGACGUUGACGACGUUGUACGCGCUUGUGGACGCGCAAUUGAUCCCGGGAGAGUUUGAGUCGCGUGAUGAUCCUCUUUCACCGCCUGAUUUGGAUGGCGUUGAGGGUGGGAGGUUGGCGUUGCUUGAGACGCAGGUUGAGAGCUACCAGAGCCCGACGGAGUAUUGGGGAUUCCUGGUUGUGUCUGCGUAUCCAAGGGUGGAGAUACCCUGGCGGAAAGGUGUGCUGUUGGGCACUAUAGAGCAACUUAGAGGUGGUGGACAGGUUGUUGUUGAGUUGACUCAGAAUGGGUUGGCGGGGAGUCGGAGGAGUUCGAGUGAACAUGUUCCUUCUUCCAGCGUUGAUGAUGGGUAUAGCACGGAGGAUAGCGAGUAG